UUAAUAAUGGAGAAAUGGGGGCGUCGUCACUCGUCAGGCGUCCCACUGCUCCGCUGCUAUAAGAAACCCACUGUUUUCCACUACUUAGUGUGCUUACUCAUGGGCUCAUGGCGUUCGUGUCUGAAUUAACCAACGCAAAAUAAACACGAGUCUGCUGAGACACUGCUCACUGCUUACUUUACUCAUGGCUCAGCGGCGGCUGCUACUCGCCAUCAUGGCUCUCGCCGCCGUCGCCGCCGCCACCGGCUUCGAGUUCCACGAGGCCACCGUCGACGCCAUCCAGCUCGGCUUCAGCAACGGCAGCCUCACCUCCACGGCGCUCGUCCGCUUCUACCUCGACCAGAUCACCCGCCUCAACCCGCUCCUCCACGCCGUCAUCGAGGUCAACCCCGACGCGCUCGCCCAGGCGGCGCGCGCCGACGACGAGCGCGCCACCGGUCGCCGCUGCGGGCCGCUCCACGGCGUCCCCGUCCUGCUCAAGGACAACAUCGCGACACGCGACCGGCUCAACACGACGGCCGGGUCGUUCGCGCUGCUCGGCUCCGUCGUCCCCCGCGACGCCGGCGUGGCGGCUCGCCUCCGCGCCGCCGGCGCCGUUAUCCUCGGUAAGGCCAGCCUCACCGAGUGGUCCGCUUACCGCCCCGCCCCGAACGGCUGGAGCGCCCGCGGCGGCCAGACACUGAAUCCGUACGUGCGCUCGUUCACCCCGUGCGGAUCGAGCAGCGGUUCGGCGGUGGCGGCGGCGGCGAACAUGGCGGCGGUGACGCUGGGGACGGAGACCGACGGGUCUAUACUGUGCCCAGCGUCGCUGAAUUCGGUGGUCGGGAUUAAGCCGACGGUUGGGCUCACCAGCCGCGCCGGCGUCGUCCCCAUCUCCCCUCGACAGGACAGUGUUGGGCCAAUAUGUCGGACAGUGUCGGAUGCUGUCCAUGUGUUGGAUGCCAUUGUUGGGUAUGAUGCACUUGACGCUGAAGCCACUGGAGCAGCAUCCAAGUACAUUCCUAAUGGUGGAUAUGGACAAUUCUUAAGGAUGGAUGGAUUCAAAGGCAAGAGGAUUGGUAUUCCCAACGGCUUCUUCACUCAAGAAAUAUUUGAGAAGAAACAGCUGAGGGCAUACCAAAAACAUAUUCAAUUAAUGAGGAAACAUGGAGCCAUGGUGAUUGAGAACAUCGACAUCGCAAAAAAUCUGACUGAAGUACAGAAUGUUCUUUUUUCCAACGAGCAUAUCGCAAUGAUAGCAGAGUUCAAGUUAAGCUUGAAUGCUUAUUUGUCCGACUUGUUGUAUUCCCCAGUUCGUUCCCUUGCAGAUGUCAUAGCAUUCAACAAGGCACAUCCGGUGGAGGAGAGGCUUAAAGAUUUUGGACAACCCUAUUUUAUUGAAGCCGAAAAGACCAACGGCAUUGGACCGGUGGAGAAAGCUUCAAUCCAACAUCUCAAUAAGCUGUCUGCUGAUGGGCUGGAGAAGUUGAUGAGGAUGCACCAGUUGGAUGCGAUUGUCACGCCCAAUGACAACGGGAGAGUCUUCUUCGCCGUCAGUGGCAUGCCAGCGAUCACCGUGCCGGCUGGGUACGACAGUCAAGGAGUGCCAUUUGGUACUUGCUUCGGUGGAUUGAAGGGCUAUGAGCCAAGGCUGAUUGAAAUGGCCUAUGCUUAUGAGCAAGCUACCAAAGUUCGAAUGAUGCCUGGCUUCAAGAUGUAGUGUAUAUAAAAUUUGUGUUAUAUAAUUCACGGAGCUUUUUGAUCCUUGCCCAAAUAAAUUGAUGGAACUAAAUAGCCAUCUAGUUUUGUUGUCCAAUUCAGGGAUGCCAAAAAUUUGGUAGUCCAGAGUAUUAUAUGUUCAAUGUAUUAUAAUAAUUUAUAAUUCAAAAAUUAAAUAUCUGGUAAA